CAGGGCGCCCACAUCCCCUACCUGACGGAGACGCACGGCAUCGUGGUCAAGAAGUGGAUGAAGGACUCCCCGCCGCCCUACGAGUCCCCCCCGGAGUACUCGAGCCUCUCCCCCGAGCUCAUCAUGGACGCCAAGACGCUGCAGGAGCUCGUGAACACUUCGCAGACGUCUUCGUCCCAGUCCCAAGGUCUUCCUGCCGGCGUCCACAACUCGCACCACUCGCAGACGUCCUCCGCGUCGUGCCAGGGACGCUCGGCCUCCCCCAUGUGCACCACGCCCCUCUUCAGCAGCGCGAACUUCUGCGACACCCCGAGGAGCCUCACGCCCACGGGGACGCUGCAGGAGAUGGGCAAGGCGCGGGCGGGCGUCUACGAGCGGCCGCCCUCGCCCAUCUUCACCUCCUGUCAGUACCAGCUGUCGGCUUCCUCCGGGAACGUCCUUCACCUUCCGGCUUCGACCUUCGCGGCCCCGCCCCCGACCUCGGCCGCGUCGGACACCGUGCCUUCCUCGGCGUACGCACAGCACGUGCCGCCCCCGCCCACGUACGAGAGCCUGCGGAUACACUCGCACGGCGGAGGCAGGAGAAAAGACGACAAUCAGUGAUACGUUCCCGGCGCCGUCGGAGGAGGACGCCGAAGGGGGCCCCGUCGACGGAGGCCUAGUCCCCGAGUAGCGUGUAGGACAUGAUGAGGAAGUAAUUAUGCUUUGUCAAUCAUAAUGUAGUUUGGAUUAGUUCCAGAGUAACAUUUAGGAUUAUGGUCUUAAGAGGAAGUAUCGAAAUAUGGUCCCGAAGACGCCGACGGAACGUUUCCGGCGACGAGGAAAGCCGCGUCCCCUUAAGGAGGUCUCUGGAGUCCUCGAACGCGACCGAGGGAAGUCAGACAGACGCGGACGAGCCCCAGGACUUCUCGUAGAGUCCCGCGGGAGCCGAACCUCGCUCCCGAAUCCUCACAAACGACCCAAAAUUCCAUUCCCUCGGCUUUAGAGUAGUUAGUCACAGCUCAUCUAACACCCACGUAUUUGUAGUGCUCUCGUUAGUAGUAAUGUAGGAACAUAAGUGCAGAUCAUUGCGGUAGGUACACGUAGAAUCUUUAUUUAUGCUGCGUAAAUUAUUCAAAUGCUACACUAGAGACAUACGCCACGAGGCAAUGUUUACACGCUUUGUUACAUACUACUCUCAUACAGCAUAUAAACUAUUCAAAAACCUAGCACAUGAAAAAAUGACAUAACAUAACACUUAGCGCUGAGAAAUAGUUUUUUUUUUCUUUCUAUUCACCUCUUCAUCUAUUUAAGAAAAAAAAAAGAGGAAAAGGCACCAUAUUUCGAUAAUUUUCCAUACAUGAACUUCCGUCCAUGAGUAUAAAGCAUAAUGUUUGAAAUUCUUCCCGAGUGUACUUUGUAUGUGUGUAAUGUACCGGCGCCAUUUUGUGUACCCGUAACUUUGAUGUUUCUCCAACGAUUAUUCAAAUAGAAAAAAAAUCGUUUGCUAACGUCAUUUUUAUAGAUAUAUGAGGAAGAGCAGGCGUUUAAACCGUCUCGGAAUUUCCUUGAUUUUCUAAUGUGUAAGGAUUAAAAAGACUUGGUGUUCUAAGAGUGUUACUGUGACAAAAAGGAAAAAAAAAUGAUUCGCAGUGUCUGUUGACAAUCAGCUGGAAGCGAUCGUCUUUUGUCUGGAUGUCCCGGAUGUCCCGUUUCGCGCCUUCUUUUGUUUUUGAAGGCCGUUAACGGUUAAAAUAACCCCUCGCUCUGUUUACUGGGCGCUGUGGCUGUUAUAUCCUUUCACUUAACUUUUUUUGUAAUAGGAUUAUAUAUAUAAAGGGUAGUUGGGGAGUUUUGAUUAUUUAAUAGCUAUUAUGAUUAUUGUUGUUGUUAUUAAUGUUAUUGGGAUGAUCAUUAUUAUUGCUAUUAUUUGCUCUUAUCGAUAUUGUAAUAAUUAUGAUUUUUAUUUCUUUGUGAGUUCGGAACUGCAGGAGUCGAAGAAUUAUGUUUAUGAUAACAUACUAUUUUAAAAGAGUUUAAAAAAGGGAAAAAACAGAAAACAAAAUAGUAAA